AGUUAGCAUUCAGAGAUGAAGAAAGCUUUUAUUGAGCUGCUGCUGCCUCGAAUGGCCUCUCAGGAAGAGUUAAAAGCUGCCUACCGCCGGCUGUGUAUGCUGUACCACCCAGACAAGCACAGAGACCCAGAGCUGAAAUUGCAGGCUGAGCGGCUCUUUAACCUGGUUCACCAAGCUUAUGAAGUGCUUAGUGAUCCACAGACCAGGGCCAUCUAUGACAUAUAUGGAAGGAGAGGACUGGAGAUGGAAGGAUGGGAGGUUGUGGAAAGGAAGAGAACUCCAGCUGAAAUCAGAGAGGAAUUUGAGCGUUUGCAGAGAGAGAGGGAAGAGAGAAGACUGCAGCAGAGAACUAAUCCAAAGGGAACGAUUAGUGUUGGAAUAGAUGCUACUGACCUCUUUGAUCGUUAUGAUGAAGAAUAUGAAGAUGUGCAAGGGAGCAGCUUUCCCCAGAUUGAAAUAAAUAAAAUGCACAUAUCCCAGUCCAUUGAGGCACCACUGACUUCCACAGACACAGCAAUACUGUCUGGUAACCUUUCUACCCAGAAUGGGAAUGGAGGUGGAUCAAUUAAUCUUGCUUUCAGACGAGUGACAUCUGCCAAGGGAUGGGGAGAGUUGGAGUUUGGAGCAGGAGACCUUCAGGGGCCUCUCUUCGGUCUGAAGAUAUUCCGUAAUCUUACACCAAGAUGCUUCAUCACUACAAACUGUGCUCUGCAGUUUUCGUCCCGUGGGAUCCGCCCAGGUCUCACCACAGUUCUGGCCCGCAACCUCGACAAGAACACGAUGGGGUACCUACAGUGGCGGUGGGGCAUCCAGUCAGCCAUGAACACCAGCGUUGUCCGGGACACAAAAACCAGCCAUUUCACUGUGGCGCUGCAGCUGGGAAUCCCCCAUUCUUUCAUGAUGGUCAGUUAUCAGCAUAAGUUUCAGGAUGAGGAUCAGACACGGAUAAAAGGUUCUCUAAAGGCGGGGUUCUUUGGGACCAUUGUGGAGUAUGGAGCAGAAAGGAAGAUUUCCAGACACAGUAUUUUAGGAGCCACUGUCAGUGUUGGUGUUCCCCAAGGAGUGUCUCUGAAAAUCAAGUUGAACAGGGCUAGUCAGACCUACUUCUUCCCUGUCCAUCUGACAGAUCAGCUGCUUCCCAGUGCUGUAUUCUAUGCCACAGUGGGACCCCUAGUUAUCUACUUUGCCAUGCACAGGCUAAUCAUCAAACCCUACCUCAGGGCACAAAAGGAGAGAGAGCUGGAGAAGCAAAGGGAGAGUACUGCCAGUGACAUCCUUCAGAAAAAGCAAGAGGCAGAAGCUGCAGUUAGGUUGAUGCAAGAGUCUGUCCGGAGGAUAAUUGAAGCAGAGGAAGCCAGAAUGGGUCUGAUUGUAGUGAAUGCCUGGUAUGGGAAGUUUGUUAAUGACAACAGCAGGAAGAAUGAGAAGGUGAAAGUAAUAGAUGUGACUGUGCCCUUGCAGUGCUUAGUGAAGGACUCUAAGCUCAUCCUUACAGAGGCAUCCAAGGCUGGGUUGCCGGGUUUCUAUGACCCCUGUGUGGGUGAGGAGAAGAGUUUGAAAGUGCUUUAUCAGUUCCGGGGAGUUCUGCACCAAGUGAUGUCAGCUGACAACGAGGCCCUUAGGAUACCAAAGCAAUCUCACAGAAUCGAUGCAGAUGGCUAAUCUGAUGGGAGCGUGCACAUCUGUUACAGUACCUGGGUCAGUGGAGACAGCAAAACCUUCCCCCAGAUGCUACAAGCUUGAACAGAGACAUUUUUAUUUUUAUCUGUAUAGCAGGUGGUGGCCUACCAGUCAUGUUAGGAUCAAAAAUGAGAGAACCUGCUUCCUGAGGUGGCUUCAAAGCAAUACUUCUCAAUUGUGGCUCAGUAAUCAAUAAAGCAAUGUGACUCUGAACGUGCAGUACUUUCUGCUGAGGUUGUGUGAGCAGGCUCUGAGCACCAUCCAUCAUGCAGCCAAAUCUUUCCUGCAGCAAUUUGGCCCAGUCUGUUCGUGCAGCCUCGCAUAGCCUUCUGUACUCAGCAAGACAGAAGACCUGUUCCUACUACUGUGUGCUUACUGAGGUAGGUAACAUGCCUUUUUUCACACCUGAGUAAAAAUUCUUUGUUAAGGCCACCUCCUGGGAGUUCUCUGUGUAAAUCCUUUUGUUGGAAAGAGGGCAGAGAUUGUUUUCCAUCCUAAUUCUGUAUUUGAAAUGCACUUGUUAAGAACAAGUAUGUUUGGAACAGAGUUCUUUGCUUUUUGUAAUGACACAGACCUCUUCCACAUCAAUCCAUUCAGCUGCUCAUCUCAAACACUGCUCUACCAGACAAGGACACUGGGUGUAAUUAUCUUAUUAAUUCAUUUUCCUGUCAAGGUGUUCAGGAAACCAGGAAAGCAAAGCGGGGAGAAAGACAGCGAUUCAUCUUACUUCUAGGGGAAAAAGGAGCGUAGUUCAUAUGAAUAAACCAGACCAAAGGGAGGAGAGGUGCAAAAUGGGGUAAAGAGCUGAAAAUGUUCAAUUCAGCUGCCACUUCUGAUGCAGCAUCAGUUGUGACAUAAAUGUGUUGGAUUUGUCCUGCAUGAAAGCCGUGCUGUUAAUUUACCAGCAGAAAGGGCAGUCCUGUUCUAGUGCCACAGCAGGUGGAAGUGGCAGCCAUGUGGUAUUGCUGUGUAUGUCAGUGCUGCCAGAGUUUUGGUGGGAGUUUUGUGGUGGUUUUCUUACAGAGAAAAGGAAUAAUCAAGGCUGUUUCUGAGUCACAGCUCUGCUCUCAGUGAAUCCUAGGGCAGCCUCCACUGCUUACGUGGGAGAGACAGGAAACAAAGGAUCUUGGCUGUGCGCUGUUGCUAUUACCACGAAUCACUUCCUGACAUGUACCUGACCCCUUUUUCUUCUUGAGUGCCAUUCUCUCUGCUCGAGUCACGGUCUUAAAUGCCCUACUGCACGUAAUUUUAACAGGACAACUAAGUUUCUAAAACCAGACUCAAUUGAGCUAGGCUGCAAGGAACUUCUCCCUCCAGCACAAGUUCAUACAACUACGUGUUCACUUUUAAAAGUAAAACAAGGCUCUUCAAUUGCGACCAGUUCCUGGUGUAGGACUUUAUUUCACAGAUGACCAAUGUUCUGUUUUUUCUGAUACUAAAUGUAAAAUGUGCAAUAAAUUAUAUUCAGCUGA